AUGUAUAUACUGUCAGAGAAGUGCUUUCCUCUUCCUUUUCUCCUGUGGCCGCCAUCGUGUGAGGAGUGUGGUUCCCGGCGAGCCGAGAUAGUCGCUAAUCAAAAAUGGCUUGCGCCAGACCGUUGAUUUCGGUCUACUCCGAGAAAGGAGAGGCCUCGGGCAAGAAUGUUGUCAUGCCUGCCAUCUUCAAGGCUCCCAUCCGCCCGGACAUUGUGAACUUCGUUCACACCAACAUGCGCAAGAACAACCGCCAGCCCUACGCCGUCAGUGAACUGGCAGGUCACCAGACCAGCGCUGAAUCCUGGGGUACCGGCAGAGCUGUGGCUCGAAUUCCCCGCGUGCGUGGCGGCGGCACGCACCGUUCCGGCCAGGGAGCCUUCGGCAAUAUGUGCCGCGGAGGACGCAUGUUUGCCCCCACCAAGACUUGGCGCCGCUGGCACCGCAGGAUCAACGUUACCCAGAAGCGCUAUGCCAUUUGCUCUGCUCUGGCAGCCUCUGCUCUACCUGCUCUGGUCAUGUCCAAAGGUCAUCGCAUCGAGGAGAUCCCUGAAGUGCCCCUGGUGGUGGAUGACAAGGUUGAGAGCUACAAGAAGACCAAGGAGGCUGUGCUGCUGCUGAAAAAAUUAAAGGCCUGGAACGACAUCAAAAAGGUGUAUGCCUCCCAGCGGAUGCGUGCAGGAAAGGGAAAAAUGAGGAACCGCCGGCGUAUCCAGCGCAAGGGGCCCUGCAUCGUGUACAAUGAGGACAACGGAGUCACCAAGGCCUUCAGAAAUAUCCCUGGCAUCACCCUGCAGAACGUCAACCGGCUGAACCUGCUGCGCCUGGCCCCCGGUGGCCAUGUGGGCCGCUUCUGCAUUUGGACAGAGAGCGCGUUCCGCAAGCUGGACGAGCUGUACGGCACCUGGCGCAAAGCUGCCUCUCUCAAGGUCGACUACAACCUGCCAAUGCACAAGAUGACCAACACAGACCUGAGCCGAAUCUUGAAGAGCCCAGAGAUCCAGAAGGCCCUUCGUCCUCCCAGCAAGAAGAUUCACCGUAGGGUGCUGAAGAAGAAUCCUCUGAAGAACCUGAGAGUGAUGGUGAAGUUGAACCCUUAUGCCCAGACAGCAAAGCGCCACGCUAUCUUGCGUCGUGACCCCACCAUCAAAGCCAAAAUGCUGAAACCCAAGAAGGCAAAGAAGACUGCAAAGACAGAGAAAACUAAACCUGCAGCCAAGUAAAGUCCAGUUUAUACAGACAGUGAGAGGCAGAAUUUCCAUCAAUAAACUAUUGGAAGAAAAACUUUG